GGACCCGCGCGGAGCCUGCACGGCCCAGCCGGUAGGGAGCGGAUAAAUUCCGCGGAGCGCGGCGGCGGCGCGGCCGUGCCGGCAGCGGGAGCAGCGGCCCCGUGUCCGCCGAUGCUGCAGCUCUGCCCGGUCACGGCCUCGCUGCUCCUGGGCACGGCCCGGGCGGCGUGCGACGAGGAGCUGCUGGCGCGGGAGGGGGUCACCUUGUGCGUGAACGUGAGCCGGCAGCAGCCCUUCCCCGCGCUGCGGAGCGUCCGCGGGCUGCGCGUGCCCGUGUCGGACCGGCCGGGCGAGGACCUGCGCCGCUGGUUCGAGCCCUGCGGCGCCGCCAUCCAGGAGGCCGUGCGGGCCGGCGGCAGGUGCCUGGUGUACUGCAAGAACGGCCGCAGCCGCUCCGCUGCCGUCUGCACCGCCUACCUGAUGAGACACCGGCAGCUCUCGCUCAAGGAAGCGUUCGAGGCUGUGAAAACUGCCAGACCCGUAGCAGAACCGAAUGCAGGAUUUUGGUCUCAGCUGCAGAGAUAUGAAGAAGAAUUGCAGAUAGCAAAGCAGUCUGCUCUGCUGAGCAAAGAACUUAAAAAUAGUGAUGUGUGAAGAUACUUCAAAGAAAGUGAAGUGACUUUUUAAAAAAAGGGGGAAAAAAUCACUUCCUAAAUCACCUGUAGAUAAAACACUUUACCCCCAUAACUGAGUUGAUGGUUCAUUAAAUUCAUUCAGAGCAUUUAUGUUGAUAAUUCAUUCAGAGCAUUUCUGUUGAUAAUGCAUGGAAAGAGGGCAGAUAAGCAGGGAAAAACAGCAGAAACAGAAAAUGGCUGGAAGGACUGUAAACAAACCACAGAAAGGCCUGGAAUCUUCGGCAGUUAUUUUCCCCUGAAUGACACUAAGUAUGGUAACAAUGUACUGAACGAGGGAAGGAGUUACCACAGGGAUUAUAUUCCUAUUUUUUAAUUAAACUUCCCAGUGAUGCCAUUAGAAGACAUGAUGCCAAAAUAAGGAAAUUCUGAAUUUCUCUCUCACCUACUGGAUCAUAAUUCACGUUAAUGAGCUGACAAAACCUUUGGUGGGAAACUGGCAAUGGCUGAUGCUUUUACUCUGUGAUUUCCCUUAUGUUCAACUAGACUAAAGUACCUUCACAAAUGACCUAAAAAUCCAGAGGACAGAAUAUACAGGUGAUGGUAAGCAGUUCUGCUCCCACCAUGCAGGCCAGUGACUUUUCAGCUUUUGAAAUUAUUCUCUAAAACAUCAAAGGAAUGAUUUAAAAAACUGCAGGUGAUAGUGGAGGGAAGAUGACACUGGCAGUGUAGAAGUAAUCAACACUCCUUUUAGCUUUACUUACUAACAGGGCCCAGUUCAUGCCUUAAUGUCUCAGUUUACAAGUCAGCUGUUCCUGCAUGCAGCAGCAUGGCUAAAUUAGUCUCUGCUGAGACUGCUUCCAGGUUGCCCUCUGAAAUUAUCUACUGGCCAUGAAACUUCCAGAUCAGACUGCUACGUGUUUAUCAUUAGCCAUUCAAAACAGAGUUUUGUCAAGCUGUAUGAACACACUUGUCAUUUAAAAGGGACAAGUUAUAGAACCUGAGAACCUGCAGGGUGAAAUUCCAUUGCACCUUGCUGAAAGCAUAAAUACAAAGUAAAGUUACUCACUGCCAUCUGCCUAAGUGCUCACACAAGGUAAACAUAUGCUCCCAGCAGUGGAGUAGUUUAAGGCAAAAAUUGUAAUGAUGGAACAAUGACAGAAAAUAAAACCACUAGGGAAUUACAUGAAUUAGACAAUUCAGAUGCAGUAUAAGUUCCCAAAGUUAAAGACUGCUCAAAAUUAAAGCAAUGUUAUUUUAAAAGCUGAAACCAUAGAAAUAGAAAAUUUAGGCUAUCAUUUUCUUAGUUACCACAAGGCAUUUUCACACCAGAUGCUUUCUCCACUCCCAGCUGUGUUUUGUUCAUUCUGUGUUGUUUAUCUUCCGUAUCUGCAUUACAGCCAACAAGAAAUUUGUUGCACAUCUGCAGAUUUGAAGGUGAUUCUAGCAGGUUUGCUAUAAAAAAUGUUGUAGCUUUUAUAAACCUUGACUAUCAUAUAUAAUAAAGAUUUCAGUAUAACAUAA